ACAACGUCAAUAUUUACAUUUUUUUACCCCUUUGGAAAAUCCGUAUAUAAACAUGCUUUAGGUCAUUUAAAUUUAAGGAGGGCAAAGUCUCAACAAUGAAAAUGACUAGCAGCAGUACGCUGUAUGAAAAAAGGCCCCUGAAGAAGCAGCGGAUGGGGCCGCCCGAUGUUUACCCUCAGGAGCCGAAACAGAAGGAGGACGAACUCACUAGCAUUAACGUGAAACACGGGUUCCCCACAAUGACGCACCUAAGCGAUGAAUUUGGAACUGCUAGAAACUGUAAUGUCACUGCUAGCAAGGUUGGAGCUUAUUUUAAUUCCAUCAUCUCGAGAAAGGAGGAAUUGAGUAUGUUGCCAGAUUCUGGCAGAAAGAGACAGCAGAUUAAUCAUAAGGAUAACUUUUGGCCCGCAACUAUUAGAACUAAAACUCAUAUUGAAGCUUGGUUCAAAGACUUGGCUGGUAGUAAGCCUCUCAUGAACUUAUCAAAGAAAGCUCCAAAUUUUAACAAAAAAGAGGAGAUUUUCAUGAUGUUAACAGAAUAUCAAGUGCCGAUGAUGAGAGCUGCCUGGUUUAUUAAACUCAGUUGGGCUUAUACAGUUGCCGUUUCUGAAGUAAAAAAUAAAAAAAGGCAAAUGACAGAUCCAACAACAGAAUGGACUGGCACUCUUCUUAAAUUUUUAAAAGACCAAAUUCCAAAGUUACAGGAGCAUUAUACUCAGAAUGAUAAAGCACCUCCUCCACCCAUAGCCAGUAAUGAUACUGAACAGAAAUUAGCAUUGCGCCAUUGGUUUUAUUGCACCCGACUUAUUAAGUAUAUGUAUGAGGAAGGCUUAAUUGAAAGGCAAGAGGUGUUGACUUGGAUUAUUGAAUUAUUGGAAAAACAAGACAAACAAAAAUCUCAGCCACAAGAAGAUGGCAUUUUACGGCUUUAUUUACCUCUAACACUUCAGUAUUUGGACGAGUUUGUUCAGUCUGAGCUACUUUCAAGAAGACUGUGCCAUUUCGCGGCUAAAAAAAUCAAUUUUAUGCUUUGCAAUGUUGCAGAAUCAAACAUUAUUACAUCUCCUCAAAGUGAAAUAAAAACUGAUCAAAAGGAUAGUGAUAAGGACAAGAAAGAGAAUAUUCCACCUAACCCUGUGCAAAGCACUUUACUGGAGUAUCAUAAUUGCCCUCACCACAAGGACAUAAUACUUCAACUUAGCACAGUUAUUCAUACAAUUGUGCUUGAAUGUCCCACAAGUCUUGUGUGGUGUUCUACCGGUGUAGGUACCCAGUGGCACGGAUCACCUUUAGAUAAUCUGCCCAUUUCACCUUCCAUUUUGCCAAUGCCAGCCCGUUGUGAUAUGAAUACAUACCGUAAACAAAUAUUGCAUGCAGAGAACUGUAUAAGAGAGAGGAGCAAGCGGGUGGAAGGGAAGUGGUGUACGGAUAAAUGGCAGCCAACAUCUGCUGUUUUUAAAGGGACUGUUACAACAAGAGUAUUAGCGGCCUUAGAUGCUUUGGAUAGGCAUCGUUUUGAUAAAAUGGAUUCUACAAACUCCCUGGAUACCCUUUAUGCCAAGGUAUUUAGUGGUCCGCCAGAUCAAGAAAACUCGGUAGUGAAGCUGUUAUGUGAAUGGGCGGUAUCACCUGAGAGAACAGGCGAGCACCGGGCUCUAGCGGUGGCGGCCCUUUUGGACAGGCGGCAGUCGGACUCUAACCCUCUAAACGAUCAAGAAGCAACUGCAGGCGACGACAAAGACAGUAGCAGUUCAUUGCCGGGUGGUCCUCCAAUGUUUCAAUCCUUAUUAAUGAAAUUUUUGGACGUUGAUGCCCCCCUGCCUUCCCCAGACGAUUGUGCUCAAAAGAAAACAGCAUUUUCAAAUUUAGUUCAUCUUUUUGCCGAGCUCAUUAGAAGGGACGUUUUUUCGCAUGACGCCUAUAUGUGCACCUUAAUCGCGAGAGGUGAUUUGUUGGGACAUGAAGAGAAUACCGACAGUAUAACAAAUCAUCACAGCAAAAUAGAGCCAAUGGAUUACGACGAUGCCGACGUCGACAAUGAUCUAGACAAAAUACUCCAGAACAUCAAGGAGGACCAACAGAACUCUAUGGACAUUCCCGACAGCCCGAAAGAUCAUGAACACGGCCACCAUCCACAAGUUCCUCAGAUGGGUCACGUGCCCAUGGAAACCGGUCAUGUGGACCAUAAAGUCAAACCUUCGCGCCAUUUCUUAUACACCACCCAUUUUCCUUUGAGUCAGGACGACCCUUUUAGUCAACACGAUUGCAACCAAAGGCACAUCCUGCUUUACGGCGUGGGCAAAGUGCGCGAUGAGGCCCGCCACACUGUUAAGAAAAUGUCUAAAGAAAUCUGCAAAUUGUUCUCAAAGAAAUUUAGCAUCGACGUUGCUGAAGGUGGCAAAGUGAAGAAGCACUCACGAAACGAGUUCAACUUCGAGGCGACGACGCAGAAAUGUCAGAGUCUGAGCUAUUUUGACCAGCACGUGGUCACGUGGCAGUGUAGCGUCAUGGUGGUGGAAAUGUUGAACUCCUUCGCUACAGGCAACUCCAAUUAUCUGCCCGUCCAAGAGCAUGUUGCUUUUCUAUUUGAUCUCAUGGAACUCGCGCUGAACAUAUAUGGUCUUAUCGACGUUUGUAUCCAAAUUCUUAAGGAGUUGCCUGAAGUAGAGAACCAACUGCACAACAAGAACUUUGCCAAUCAGAAUUCGCUCAGCCGUAGCUACACCACCGGCUUGAGUUUGUACAUUGUGGGGAUCCUGAGAAGGUACCACUGUUGUCUGUUGUUAUCCCCCGAACAAACGUCGGCCGUGUUCGAAGGUUUGUGUAAAGUCGUCAAACACGUGACCAAUCCGGGCGACUGCAGUUCCGCCGAACGUUGCAUACUCGCCCACCUUUACGACCUCUAUUCCUCGUGCAGCCUUCUCAAAUCGAAGCCCCACACGGUCGAGCCGUUCGGUAACGCCUACCCCAAAAUCAAACAGGCCCUCUACAGCACGCUACAGCCCACGCCCAGCACUUACGUCUAUUCGUCUCAGUUUAUGCAAGAGAUGCUGAUGAAUCCGAGGCGAAUGGGUCGUAUCGAGAGCGCGUGGGCGAAACAACUAAACGAGAACGGAAACAAUCGAUAUUCGUUUGUCAGUAACGCCGUAAUUCGCGUGUGCAGAGAGAACGACAACGAGAGGUUAAACGAUUUGGCCAUAAUGUGCGCGGAAAUGACCGCCUGCUGCAAUUCGCUGGCGUCCGAGUGGUUGGGAGUGCUGCUGGUGCUAUGCAGUCCAAUGUCGCAUCCUGGUUAUUACACCGACGUCAUGAAUCAACUUGAUAUACAGGACGUCAGUAUUCACAACGCUUUAGCGGUGUUUACGUGCAUUCUGAUCGCGAGGCAUUGCUUCUCCCUCGAAGAUUUCGUCGGUAGAGUUGCGUUGCCAAGUUUACUAAAGCAGGUGAAAUGUUUAGAUAACGGGGGCGGGGUCGCGGAAGCCGGCAUGCGUCUGACGUGUCACUUGCUACUGAGACUGUUUCGAACCGCCGAAGGGCCCCAACCCGGACUUUAUUCGGUCGGCUCGCCGCCAUUGACAGCUCCUAGGCUACCGUUGGGAAUUCGGUUGAGCUGCGAUAGGCAUCUGCUGGCGGCCGCACACAGGAAUAUCGACGUUGGUCCCGUGUUGGCGGUUUUAAAGGCGGUGUUGUUAGUGGGUGAUACGACGGCGAAAGAGGGCACCGAGCUCAGCCUGUCCAACAUUUUGGGCACCAGCGACUUGCGUAACGGCCCAGACGGUCCAAACUUGGAUUUGCCGGUGAACGUGGAUGUUUGCGGAUCCAGGACUGCGCAUAGACAAAUUAGUACCGGAAACCCAGAAGGUACUGCUUCGCUAUCUGCUUUCGCAAACCACGUUUUGCGGGAGAUUUGCUCCCAACAGUGGGUACUCGACAGAUGCCUGUGUCAUCCGGAGAAACUAUGCGACAGUGAUAAUUUGCUCGAUGAUUUAUUGAGUCACUCCCAGGCCCAACGGUUAUUGCACAUGAUAUGCUAUCCGGAUAUAGCGUCCAGUAUCGACGAGCUCGACGAAAAGAGCAUGAUUAGUAGAAUUCUUGAGAAUCUCGACUUGUGGACAUUGAGGAUGUCCUGGCUUGACCUUCAGCUGAUGUUUAAACAAUAUAGUGUCAAUACACCUGAACUCUCGCAAUGGCUAGACACCGUCGCCAAAGCGGCAAUAGACGUAUUUCAUUUGAAUUCUACAAGCGGAAAUUCCCCAAAAGCAGAGGAGGGCAAAAAGUCAGAAAUUCGUAACAAAACCAAUUCUAUUUGGUUGGUCGCGCCGCUGGUUGCCAAGUUAUCCAGUGCUGUACAGGGGCGAGUAUUAAAGGUCGCUGGUCAAGUUUUGGAAAGCGGUGGCUGGUGCAAGGAACAAAAAACAAAAACUAGAAGCAACGGUGAGAAUCAGAGUUUGCUGAGUCAUCAGCCUUUCCUAAGUCUGGUGCUGACCUGCCUCAAAGGGCAAGAGGAGGGACAAAGAGAGGGUUUACUUUCGUCUCUUCACCAACAACUUUCGCAGUUGGUUCAGCAAGCCAAGGAGGGCAACUUGCAAGAUGUUUGUCACGGAGAAAGAACGUUAGACGGUCUUCGAUUGCGUUUUGCGUUGGUCGGCGGGGUCUUUGAAGCUUUCCAAAGAAAUCAUUCGGCCGCUAUAGACUGGGCUUUGUUACUCGUUCAACUGGUAACCUAUGGCAUCAUCGAUCUUCAUACUAACAGCGAACUAUUCACCACAGUGAUCGAUAUGCUGUCUACAUUGGUCCAUUCUGCCUUGGCUACAGACAGCCAGGAUGAGGGACGAAAAAUGCAUCAAAACCUGAUGAAAAAGAUAAAAAAGGAAAUCGGCGAGAGAUUCAAUGCGUCGCUGCUGCACAUCAAGCAGCUUUUGCCGUUGCCUAGGUGGACCACUGAAAUUAUAGCCGUCGAACCCGCAGGCAGCAUUACAGACAGUAAAGGGAAUAAAAUCAGCUUCGAUAGCGUCGACAAGAAACAUGACUUGCAGGUAACGGAUAAGCAACGGGUAAGCAGCUGGGAUAUUUUGGAAGGUAUGAAAAAUCCGCCGCCGCUGUCUUGGUCUUGGUUCGGUGCGGUUAGGUUAGAAAGGAAACCGCUAACGUGCGAGGACACGCAUCGGCUAUUGAAGUUUCACACGCACAACCUCCAGAAACCGUCGUCGCAUUAUUUGGACCCGCCACCCCUGCCGCCAGAAGAUCUCGAACCAAUUCCCGAUAAACCGGCGGAUACGCCUUCAUCCGUUGACCAAAGCCCCGCGGCCUUAGGCAAAGGAAGAGGCAAGGGUCAGAGGAAACGCAAACCUAAACCAGGUCCGAUGCAUGUAAACCCGAUGGGUAUGGCACAGAACCCGAUGGGUCAAGGUAAUGCCGCGAUGGGCAUGAACGUACAAGGGAACAACCCCCAAAUGGGCCACAACAUGAACGCGUAUGGGCAGAACCCCGCCAUGCAGCAAAACCAGCAGUAUGGCGCGAAUACAGGCCAGCAGUGGUACGGUCAGAACCAGAACCCUCAGCAGGGAUACUAUCCUCCAAUGCAGGUGAACAGAUUCGAGAGACCUCAACUGAACACGUCCAAACAAGCCCUGUCAAACAUGUUGCGCCAACGACAUCCCAUCAACAACUACAUGCCCGGCAUGCAGGCCAACCAGGCGGCCACGCCUCCAGGUGCUGCGUACAACCAGAUGCAACGCGGAUUUCCUAGACAGGCUAUUAGGCAGCAGCAUCCUGGUGCUAUGCAGCCGAAUCAGGCAAUGUUUUCAAAUCAGUACGGCAAUAUGCAAGGCGGCAUGCCCAACCAGUAUGGCAACUUCGCCGGAAACUCCCAAGCGAUGAUGCAAAGCAACAUGCAAAAUAACCCGCAAAUGAUGCAAGGCGCUCAGGGUAACAUAUUCGGGGGACAGCAACAGGGCUUUGGACAACCAAGACCUGCCCAGCCAGAUUUCAGGCAAAUGGCGCAAAACCCGAGGGCUCCGUACAUGCAACAGGCACCAAAUGUGACAAUGAACACAAAUAUGGGAAAUAUGGGCGGUAUGGGAGGACAAGGUGGUCCGGCUCCACCUUACUCGCGUCCAGGUCAGGUAAUGCAGCCUGGCGUCCAAAAUCAAGCCACUUUUCAGCAACAGCAGAGGAUAAGGCACCAGAUGCUGCUGCAGCAGCAACAGCAGCAGCAGCAAGGAGGACCUCAGGGUAAUCAGCCCGGUUUGGUGGCCCAUUUGCAAAGGCAGCAAAUGAAUCCGGGCGGGUAUCACCAACCACCGCCAUACAACAUGCAAUAAUUUGCUAUUUUCUUCAUUUUGUGUAAUUAUUUAUUGGUAGGUUAAAUUAUCACACACUAGAAUCAUUUUUGUGAUAAAUCAACAUUUGGAUUUUUUGUUCUGUAUUUUUGUAGUAUAAAUGCCGCUUAAAAUGAA